AUGUACAGCAGCUCGCCCCCCUUUGAAUACGAGCGGCCGUUUGCGACCUUUCUGCUGCCCUCGCUGCUUCGGCCGUUUCGCAGCCGCAAGGCUCGCCGCGCCUCCUCGGGCGACAAUGUCUUUGUCACUACCGAUGGACUGUUUUCGGGCAGCUCCAGCCACUCGAACCACUCGAACCACUCGAACCGCUCGAGCGUCGCUUCUGCCUCAUCUUCGUCGUCCCGGAGCUCCACCAGCAGCCAGUCGCCCCCGUCGCUGUGCUCGUCGCCAAGCUCCUAUACCGCCACCGGUUUCGGCUUCACGUCCGCCUACAGCGCGGGUAGUCCGUCCUUUGCCACCUCGCUGACGGCCGAGCCCGACCAGAUGGGCAGCAUCGACAGUGUGGACGGUCUCGGUUCUCCCCACGACAGCCUCGCUCGCGUCCUGCCCGACACGCUGCGCUGCGUCAAGUGCUCGACCGACGUCGCCUUUGCCGCCCAGAUCGUCUCCAAGGGCUUCACCGGCCGCCACGGCCGCGCCUACUUGGUCUCGGCGCCGCCGUCCAAUUCGGCACAUCUGUUCGCGCCCGAGAUGUCGGCCGAGGCAGCAGUCCAGCUGGCCAGCCGCGGUACCACAGAACCAGACUACGACAACGACAACGACCACGACGCGCUGGCCAACAUCCGCGUCGGCCAUCCCGAACACCGCCAGCUGGUCACGGGUGCCCACGUCGUGGCCGAUAUCAGUUGCGCCGUCUGCCGCACCAAGCUCGGCUGGAAGUACGUAGACGCCCGUGAUGCCUCGCAGCGUUACAAGAUUGGCAAGUUCAUCCUCGAGACUGCCCGCGUGGCCCGGACGCGGUCCUGGGAAGAUGACGACGACGACGACAACGACUGCGAGGGACAGCUCUUCGACCACGACAUGGUUCCGCGCGAUUUGGGCGAGAAUGGAGACGACGAUUUUAGCAUAUUUGGCUCGCCCGGCGUCAACGGCGUCGUCGACCCCGUCGGCACCGCUCGCCAGCUGAUGGCCAAGCAGACCGGCUGCAUCCAUCCGGGAACGAUGGUCGAGUUCGACUCCGACGACGACGACGAAUGCGAGGAGAUCUUUGCUGGCACCUGGAACGCCGAGGUCGUGGCCAGGCGCAGGAGCAGGAAGAUGAACAGACUCAACAAGACAUAA